AUGCGCAUUGCCCUAUGCGCGUUAGCUGCCUGGACCAUGGAGGCUGCUCUGCUCAUCUCCCAGGCGCGGUGCGCCCAGCUGCACCCCAGGCCGCAAGGGGGCGUGUGGCAACUGUGGCUUUUGGAGCUUAGUCUCCUGCUGCUGGGGUCCCGAGCGGAAGAAGACUUUUUGCCAGAUGAGGAGGACGUAGAUUUUAUCAAUGAGUAUGUGAACCUCCACAAUGAGCUCCGCGGCAACGUCAUGCCCCGCGGCUCCAACUUGCGCUUCAUGACUUGGGAUGUGGCAUUGUCAAGAACUGCUAGAGCAUGGGGAAAAAAAUGUAUAUAUGAAUCUAAUCAUUAUUUAGAAGAACUAAACAUGGCCCACCCUAAAUUUAAUGGUAUUGGUGAAAAUAUCUGGGUUGGUCCUGAAAAUGAGUUUACUGCAAGUAUUGCUAUCAGAAGUUGGUUUGAAGAGAAGAAAAGGUAUGAUUUUGAAAAUCACACGUGUGCUGGCAAUUGCUCCCAUUAUUUACAGGUUGUUUGGGACAACUCUUAUAAAGUUGGUUGUGCUGUUACUCCAUGUUCAAGAAUUGGACGUAUUCGGCAUGCCGCAAUUUUUAUAUGCAACUAUGCACCAGGAAGAGUUCUGACAAGAAGACCUUAUAAAAGAGGACAAUAUUGCACAGAGUGUAGCAGAUUUGACAGAUGCACAGACUUUCUAUGCAGUAAUGCAGAUCGUGACCAAGCCACAUAUUACAGAUUUUGGUAUCCAAGAUGGGAAGUUCCUCGACCAAUUGUGUGUGAUCCACUGUGUUUAUUUGUUUUCUUCUUGAGAGCACUAUGUUUUUCAUUCAGUACUGUACUUGUUUUUAUAGUCCAAUCUCACUUUCCAAAUAUAUUAUUGGAAGAAGAAAUGUUAAAUCUCUCUGAGGUAGCUGAAGACUCGCUAGCAGAGAAGGAAAAAGAAGAAAAAGGGGAGGAGGAGGAAGAAGUGGAGAAGGAGGAAGAGGAAGAAGCAGAGAAGGAGGAGGAGGAGGAGGAGGAAGAAACAGAGAAGGAGGAAGAAACAGAGAAGGAAGAAGAAGUGGAGAAAGAAGAAGCAGAGGAGGAAGAGGAGGUAGCCGAGAAGGAGGAGGGAAAGGGGGAGGAGGAAGGAGAGGAAGGUCAGGAGGAGGAAGAGGAAACCUCAUAAGGCAAAAGUAUAAUGCAAAAACAUAAAAAGGAAAGAGAAGUACAGAACUCUUUCAGAGACUAUAUAAACUACUGUUGCAAAUCCAUCCUUUGCCUUGUCAUUCCCAUACUAAAUUAACAAAUUCAAAUGUGAAAAAGAAGAGAGACCAAAAAAAAAAAAAAUGCUACUGUAGAGUAAAUAUUUUAAGGAAAAUUCUUGGACUCUUAAGAUCAGCUAAAGAUGGGGUGAUAGAAAGUAAAAGGGUUUUGACCAGUCUAAUUAAUAUGAAAAUUCGACUAUGUCAUUCUGACAGAGGAGGAAUUUUUAAUUUGCUGAAUGUGUUUAUGUUUCUGUUUUGAAUUCUGACUAGAUUAGAAAUGUCUCAAAGAUUAAAUAAAUUUCUAUACAUAAGUGCUUUAAACCAUUCUAAAUUCAAAACAACCAUUUAAUAAUUUUUGUUUUUGUUUUUAUCAUUACUAUCAUACUUGUUAGUGGCUGUGGUGGUAUUUUCAGAUUCUAUUAAAGUAUCUAAUAACUUUAUCUUUGUAAUAUAUGCUUUUUUGGAUAGUUUAAGUGACACUAGUACAUGUUGUUAGGAGACAUAUUUAUUUUUUCUGCCUACUGUUUACCAUCUCCUUAA